UCAUCCGUCUUUCAAGAGCUAUCUUCUGUUUGAUCUACUAACCCUUGUGGAUCGACUGUUUCUUUCUUAUGGAGGGAAAGCUAGGAUUGAACUGGUGGCCUCAUGUUUGAAGCUACUUAUUGUUUUUCUGAUAAAAAACCUGGUAGAGGAAGAAAUGAGUUAUUUUAAUAAUCAAUGAGCUAUAAUUCUACACACUCAUUAGUGACAACAAAAGGCUUCUCUACAUCCAGUGUUUGACAGGCUACUAAGGAUCAUUCUAUGAAAAUAAUAUAAAGGGAAAAGGAGUAGAUAUGGUUGAGGGGAAAGAGGUUUGCGAUGGAGAGAAGAGUAAUGCAAAUGAUUCACAAGCCCAAAACACAUCUCCCACAUCGUCAGAAAAGUGGUCAUCACCCUUCGACUUAAAUGAAGAAGCCAUCAGUGAGGAGGACAGUCGUGCCAUUGAUAUUAAUGCUGCCACUGAUAGGGAUGAGGAGGAAGAGGCAGCCACUACUACUAGUGGUAAUUCAGUAAAGAACAACACCACUGUGGAAGGGAGUGAGGGGACAACUACUACAGCUAGACAAUACGUUCGGUCCAAAAUGCCAAGGCUCCGUUGGACUCCUGAUCUCCAUCUUGCUUUUGUGCAUGCUGUUGAAAAGCUUGGUGGGCAAGAGAGAGCAACUCCUAAGUUAGUUCUUCAGAUGAUGAAUGUGAGAGGGCUGAGCAUUGCUCAUGUUAAAAGCCAUUUGCAGAUGUAUCGAAGUAAGAAGCUGGAUGAGUCUGGGCAAGUUUUAUCUCACACAAGUAGGGCAGUGCAAGGACUAGAUCACUUUCCUGAAAUGUUCUAUCAAAGGAUGGGUUCUCAUCAUCAACCCUACAGGAUGGACAGUCAUAGCCCUUUUCUAGGCAAGAAUGGCCAUGACCCUAAUCCUCAUGUCCACAGUCUAUUCAAGUCUCCUCUUUCCCAACAGCCAUUUGAUUUUAAAUUCAUCUCCUCCUCCAGGUAA